UAAUGGUUUCCCUUUUCAAAGUGCUCUAGAAACUAUAGAAAACGUUUAAGUAGUACCCCAUUUAAUACUAAAAACUCUUUAUAACCAUUUCUCAUCUCUAUACUAGUACUUCACUAUCUUGUGUGUUCUUCUGUUGAUACUUGAUAUACUAUGGCACUGGUAUCCAUUAAAACAGAAUCAACUGAACCAGUUGAUAAUGUUCGUUUGAGAGUUUUGGUUGAUAAAGAAAGGAAAAGAGUUGUCUAUGCAGAGGCUGGCAAGGAUUUUGUUGAUGUUCUCUUCAGCUUCUUAACCUUGCCUUUAGGUUCUAUUGCUAGACUCGUAGCUAAAGAGUCAAACAUUGAAGCAGUUAAAUUUGGCAGCAUUACCUCACUGCAUCAAAGUGUGUCUCAUCUUGAUCAACAAUAUCUUUGGAAUCAAACAUGCAAGGAAAUGCUACUCAAUCCUAGAAACUCUAUGGAAGCUUAUUGCCACAAUCUCAAACUGAAUAUAGAUGACACAGAACCUUUGCGAUACUUCAUGUGCAAGAAAUGGGAUUGUAGGAAGAAGAGUGGGUGCCUUUUGAGCAUAUUCAAGAAUCAAAAAUGCUAUUGUGGGGAAGUAAUGGAAUGGGAAGUAUUCCCUGAUUGUUUUGAUCUAGAAGAUGGUUUUGUAAUGGAGAAGGCGACUUUUAUCAUUUGUGACAAUCUUUACGUGAUGCCUAAUGUUUUCGGAGCAAGUCUUCAACUACUUCAAAAGCUUGGAGUCGAUAGUGUGGAUGCUAUUGAGGAACAAACUGUUGUUAUCAACAAGAAAGAGGCAUGUUGAUGUUUUAUUAGCUUCUACGUUUCAUCUUUAAACAUUUGAUUAUUUUUGCUAAUUGUGUAUUUCUUGUUUAAUUUGUAUAGGUAAUUGA